CUGCGCUGAAUCUUAUAGAUUAGAAACAUAAAAAAAAAAAGCCCAAAAUGCCUAUCUUAUACACAUAUACACAUAUAUAUAUUUUUUUUUGUUGUUUUUGUUUCGAGCCUAUAAUUAUACCCAGUUUUCUUUUUUUUUUUUUAAAAAAAAAGUAUGGACAUUUACUCUUUAACUCGCAAGAAAAGACCUUCUCAUUUAACUCUUGCACAACCUACAUCACGACAGACACUUAUAGAAACUUCACCAGCCAUUUCAACCUCUUUACUCAAUCAGUCUAUCAAUCUUGGUCCACCCACCCGAAACCAUUGGAAGCCAGAUGCUAUCGCCAAUCAUUGUGAUUACUUGGGCUGUUCAACCACUUUUGGUCUUUUUGAACGACGUCACCAUUGUCGUAAAUGUGGAGACAUUUUUUGCGCUCAACACUGUUCUAACUAUUUUAGAUUAGACGGAAAUGCUCAGUUUCAUGUACGAGGUCAGUUAGCACGAGGAUGUGAUGGAUGUGCUAAAGAUUACAGGGAAUGGCGAUUAAAUUCAGCAAAGACAAUUAAAGAUGAGGGUGUAAAGCAUAAAAAGAGUGGACAAAGUCGAUUGAAAGGGAUAAUGACACAACAGCCGCAAGCAAUGGAAGGAAUCACUGAGCUUGGUCGAGAUGAUAUCGUGGGGCCGCAAAAGUCAAAUGGAUUAAAUAUUACUAAAACAAGCAAUAAAGGACAAGUUACAUUUGAUCCUAUUCCAUCGGUUCCUGCUGACUGGCAAUGGUCAACUUUUUAGAAUUUUAUUUACAAUUGCUUAUCUGCAAUAGGAUUAGCAUGAAUAGUCACUGAUUUGAUACGAAUGUCUUGAAGUGGUCUAUUCUUUUCGUCAGUUGGAAGCUUCUCCAAAGCAUCUAAAGUUGAAUCUGCUCCAUCAAUCACUCUAUCAUAUACAAUAAUUUAGUUGCCUUUUUUUUUAUAUACAUAUAAUAAUCUCUACAAAAUAUACAUUAUACUUUACUUGCCAAAAACUGUAUAUUUCGUAUCUAAGUGAGGGUGUUUUCCAUAUAUAAUGAAAAAUUGUGAGCCAUUUGUAUUUGGUCCUGAAUUAGCCAUAGAGACAAUCCCACGAGCAUUAUGCUAAAAUUACAUGAGAUUAAUAACGACAAAACUCAUUGAUUAAUUA